AUGCCAAUUAUCAAGCAUAUAGAAAAGAAGAGAAAGACAUACGAAGAAGCUAAAGAACUUGUGAAAAUAACAUGUGAUCAUAUCUAUAAGUUAGGCUCUUUUGAUUAUGAUCAUCCGUGUUAUAGUAAACCUUUUCUGGAGGCAGUACGUCAAGGUGCUCUCGAGGUUGUUGAUGAGAUUCUAUAUAGGUCACCAAAAUUGAUAAUGUUGAAAGAUUCGGUGGAAACGAAUUAUUGGUUUUUGCAAUUAGCAAUAAUAAAUCGUUCAGAAAAAAUCUACAACCUUAUCUAUCACUUGAGUUUAAGAUUGGAUAUUUACAGACAGCUUGAAGAUUUCAAUGGAAACAACCUCUUACACCUGGCAGGAAGGUUGGCACCUGAACGUAUACUUAGUCGUACUACAGGUGCAGCAUUGCAACUACAGCGAGAGCUUCAAUGGUUCAUGGAAGUGGAGAAGCUCAUGAAACCGGGAGAUCUUGUGAAUAAGAACGACGAUAUGGAGACGCCACAUAUGGUGUUUACGAGGGAGCACGCGGGUUUGGUGAAGGAAGGGGAACAAUGGAUGAAAACAACUGCAGAAGCAUCUAGCAUAACUGCUGCAUUAAUUGUAACAAUCGUAUUUGCAGCAGCUAUUACUGUACCUGGUGGGAACGAUCAAGAAAAGGGAAUCCCUUUAUUUAGAAAAGAAAUUGCCUUCAUUAUCUUUGCAAUAUGUGAUGCAAUCUCGUUAUUUUCAGCUGCUAGUGCACUCUUAGUGUUCUUAUCAAUCCUCACUACACGUUUUGCUGAAAUGGAUUUCCUGGUCAGUUUACCAAGGCGAUUGAUUAUUGGUCUUUGUGCAUUAUUCCUCUCUACAGUUUCCAUGAUGGUAGCGUUUAGCGCAAUCUUGUUUCUAGUCUUUUGUGAUCAAAGACCAUGGAUGCUGGCACCAAUAGGUGGGUUAACUUGUAUGCCAAUUGCAGUUAUUGUUACCAUGCAAUUGCCCCUUCUGGUUGACUUGUUGAGCUCAACAUACAUCCCCGUCUUUGGUAAGCAAAAAUACAUAGCCAACGGUAAAUUUAUUACAAACCACCCUAUGUUGAGAUAUGAAUUAUAG